UUUCAUUGACUGGUAGAAAAAUGGCGGAGGGGAGCUGUGGAGGCUUCAACGGUUGAGCUGCUCACAGUUGAAACACAACAGGAGGAAACACAUCCACUGUGGAGCAGCCUGAAGGGGCCAGCGUGUGGGGAGGGCACUGCUGUGCGAGCAGGCAAGGUUAAUCUCUGAACUGGCAGGAAAUUUAAUUUAUUUUUCUCUCCCGAAACGAGAGGCUGGAGCUCAGUGAGAAGCCACGAAAACAAGUCGGACAUGAACGGGGAAACUGUAUGCAGUAGCCAUCCAGUCACAGUCUUAAGCUGCACCAAAUCCCUAUCAUUAGUUCAUGAUGACAAGAUGAUCAGUCUGAUGCAAGAGGGAAGACACUCUCCAAUAAACUCCCAGGAAAAUGAUGCCCAAAAGCUGGAGGCGGGUAGAAGACCAAAAGCUAUCAGCAUGACAACAAAAGACUCGAAAGCAGACUUCUCCGAGACAGAGAGUACCUUCAGCCAGUGUUCACCCAGCUGGUCUGAUGAACAGCCGUCAGCACAGCAACACCGCUGUCCACAGGGCUCUCUUCUCUCAACGCCUGUAACGCCCCUGCUUUUCAGUAACAGCCUUUCUCACAGUCUUCUCCACAACAACAACAGCACCUCUCACCACGGCCGUCAGAGGCGAGGAGUCCACCACAGAGAAAAGAGACCAACACUUAAAAUUGCAACAAAGAAAAACUUGCAAAACCGAAAAGUUACUGACUACUAUCCGAUACGGAGGAGCUCAAGAAAAAGUAAAACAGAGCUUAAGUUUGAACAAAAAAAACUUCUGGACGAUCUUAUCACAAAUGGAAUCGAGGAAGGGAUGGAAGUGCAGCAGAUAGAAGGAAAAGGCAGAGCGGUGUUUGCCACUCGACGUUUCCAGAAAGGCGAGUACGUGGUGGAGUACCAUGGAGACCUGCUACAGAUCACUGAUGCCAAAAAGAGGGAGGCUGAAUAUGCUCAAAACCCUGCCACUGGCUGCUACAUGUACUACUUCCAGUACUUAUGCAAAACAUACUGUGUGGACGCCACAAAAGAGACUGGUCGCAUGGGGAGGUUGAUAAAUCACAGUAAAAAUGGAAACUGCCAAACCAAACUCCACGAUAUCAACGGCAUCCCUCACCUCAUCCUUGUUGCCUCUCGAAACAUUGACCAGGGCGAGGAGCUGCUCUACGACUACGGAGACCGCAGUAAAGCCUCGAUCGCAGCUCACCCUUGGCUCAAAGAUUGAUUGAGUCCUCAAAGAAAAGGGAAACCUACAGUAACACUUGUGUUUCUCAUUAGCUAGUGUAAAAAUGCCUUAGAAACAGAAUGUGUACCCUUUUUGUUUCAAUAUCAAGGAAGCUGGACAGGAGUUUAGCAUGUGUUAAUAGGGCGUGGGGGGGAGGUUGGGGGUUUUGAGGGGUACUGGGGACUUAGAACAUUUGGAUUUAGGUACAUCUGCCUUGUCAGGUGACAUCUUUACUUUUAUUUAUAUGUGUAUACAAAACAUUCUGGUUGUUUUGCAGCACAUUUAUUUUGUACAUUUUGUAUUACCUAUAGACCAAUCCUUCUCCAGCAUGCAGGUAGUCGUUAAUGCUCUGCACUUUUAUACUGCUUUUUCUUAAUUAGAGGUUAGAAACUUAGCAAUACUGUAUUUAUGACCCCAGAACCCUCCAGAUCAGCAGGACGUAUGCAGACCACAAGCCCUUUUAAAGAAUUUUCUGAUUUCAGUCAUUAGAAACUACAUCAAGUAACUGCCAUAGUUAAGUAGGAGCUAACGGUUGACCCAACUCACGGCUGAGUCCUUAUGGUCCUGAUUGAUUUUUCUGUGUCUGAUUUCGGAUCAGUGUCAGAUCAGGCUCUUGAAAUGUGAAGCAACAUGAUGUUGAGCAGUCUUAAGCAUAUACAUAGGAAUAUAUAUAUAUAUAAUCUAGUUUCUCAAAUGUAAUGUACCUCUGUUUUUUUUAAGCAUAUAUUGUAUUUUUAAUAUUUAAGAUGCAUAUUUAAGAUGUGAUUACAGGUGUCCUGCAGUAGAUAAACACUGUCAAGUUUGUUCUAAUGCAGAUAUUUAAGUCAUCCUGGGUUUUCUGCUGUCAAGUCUCCCUUACGCUAAACUCUGUAAGGAUAUCACUAUUUAUACUACUGCACUGUGUGGUGAUAGUACAUUUACUCCCAGAACUUAUUUAUAAAAAGAUGUAAGCGCUGCACAUGAGCAGUUUGACAGUAUUCUACACAUAUAUUUUGCAUACGCUAGAUAGGAUUUAGUUUACGCAGACGCACGCACAAAACAAGCCUGUCAGUACGUUGAAUGAGCUGUGGCUGUGGGUUUGGUGAACUGAACACUCCUACUGAACACAUCUGUUCCUCUCCCUCGCUAAAACUGUCAUAUUCUUCACAACCAGAUGUUCUAUAUGAAAGUAUUUAACAGCUGAACCGCCAACAGGUCAUUUUUAUUUUUAUUUGUGUGUUUUACAUGAAUUAAAACCAAGGAGUUGAACUUUGCCCCAGACUUCAGACGGUGAUCCAUUUGUGGUUAAAAUGGGCUUUUUUUUAAAUCUUUGCAGCUAACUAUUGCUUUAUUACUUCCUCUUUAUAGAAAAACACUGAUAAGUGUGUACUUUUUUGUUAACCGGUGAUAAUGGUUUUUUUUUGUUUGUCUGUUUGUUUUUUAUCUGAUUUCCAAGUUUUAUUUUGAUUAAUAGCAUCACUGACACUUAUCACAGCAGAUGAUUAAAAAACUGCCUGUUUUGUCACCUGGCAGAGUUGAAAUCAGGUUAAACAGUUUUACAGAACAAUAAGUCAUAAAUAAUACCAUUAAAAUUCAUGGAUUACUUUAUCUGACAGUCAUUUUUGAUUGAAAAAAGCAUUAAUUAUGUGACUCUAUGAAGUAGCAAUGAAAAAAACCCUGUGUCCAUAUGAUAUGCAUCACCACUGUUUCUACAAAGGUAGAAAACUCAUUUUGUUUGUACAGUACAUGAAUUUUUGAUGGUAUUGUCAAAAUUACUGUAGUUUUUUUUUUUUUUUUUUUUACUUACAACAUUGGGUGAUCCUGGGGUAGUUUUUUCAAUUUCACCAUGUAGCAGGAUUAUUCUGUAAUGGUUCUACAGACCAAUACAUUAUUUUUGCCACUGGCUCAAAAUGAUUGAUGGUUGUUUUUUUUUGACAUUGUACUCCUUAUUAUGAUGAUGAUUAUUAUUAUUGAAUUCCAGGAUUAAUUCAGAUUGCAUGUUUUCAUUUAAUUAAAAUGAAAAUUCAGUGUUAACACAAAGAGCCCAGUCAUACAAGUGGCGGUAAAUUUGUGAAAUCCAAAGAUACAUUUUGACCUUCCUUCUCUAACACUUCCUCUGUUAACUUAUCGUAGCAUCAUGUUACAUAUAGGAAAUGUUUUCAUACAGUUCUCUCUUGAUCUGUUGUGUUAUAUUUGGGCUUAUUCCAGUUUUAAUGUAGAUCUAAUGCAAUAAUACCUGAGGGGCAAAACUGACCUGUUGGCCAUUUUAGGACAUAAUAGAUCUUUGCUGUUGUAGCGUUUAAUAAAUCUUAAUGCUGGGGUUGAGGCGUUGAUGAAUAAAGGUGUUUUAUGCAAAUAAA